AUGGAUCAAUCGGGAGCAUCAUCUUCCAAUCAUGACCCGCGGUUUGAUUUCAUAGGUUCAUAUGCGGUAAAAUCAUUGAAACUAAAGCCUGAGAAAUGGAUGAGGGUGCUAGGUAUAGAGGAACACAGGAGCACAUUAAGAGACUUUGUGGACAAACCUCUACCAAUACUUUUGGUAGUGGUUUUGACAAACGCUCUUCAAUUGGUCCCUGUAAUAUCAUUUCCAUGUUAUUUGAAGAAUAAAGCCGUUUAUUUUGUUAAAAAGAAAGCCGAUGUCGUACCUAAGGAGAAUUGUUCUGAAAUGAUCGUGUUUGGUGACUUAGCACCAAGACUUAUAGAUGAGCUGGCUGCACUAGUGGACGAGGUUUUCGUGCCACUUUUAUCAAACCCACUGAACCACGAAGGAUGGCCGCUGGUAGUCUCCCAAGAUAUUCUAAAACAAAUACAUAACCUCAAAAGCACUGUGUAUGAAGUAAAAGGUAAAGUAAACGGACAAACAGUCUUACCUAUGCCAGUUGGAGUUGAGUUAGUCCACGAGGCCGAAAAAGAACUUUUGAAAGGUAAAGAAGUAGAUCUGUACCUGAAGAGUGCGAUCGAAGGUGUGGUCAUCAAGUGGGCGCAGCAAAUCAACGAUGUGAUGAUGGAAGACACGGCGCAGUCGUUUGAAAACGGACAGAAUCCAUUGCCGUCAGUUGAGCUCGCAUUUUGGAAGUCAAGAUUGAGUAAUUUGAACUAUAUAUACGAUCAACUACGUACUGAAAGAGUUCGAUGUAUGGCAGUCAUAUUGGAGAAGACGACAUCUGCAUACUACCCGUGCUUCAGCAGAUUAUUCAAGAACAUUGUUUCCGCAUUGGCGGAAGCACGAGAGAUUGAUAUGUAUUUAAGAACCUUAGAAAGACAUUUUCAACUUCUAGAAGAUACUGAUUUCACAGAAAUUCAGCCUUUUUUUCGUCCACUUUUUCACGUAAUUUGUAUGAUAUGGCGAGAUUCUAAAUACUAUUGCAGUUCAUCAAAAUUGAUGGUGCUACUCAAGCAAAUAUGCAAUCUGCUAGUUUAUCAGGCAAAGAAAUGUCUGGAUCCAAGCACAUUAUUCCACAGUGACAUUGAUGAGGCAACACAGCGUAUCCAGAUAACGAUAAAUAUAAUAAAAAAAUUUUGUUCUACAUUCGACUACUUCAAAGAUAAUUUACAUACGUAUUUCGUAGAACGACGAGUAGUGCCUUGGACUUUUCAUUCAAACAUAGUAUUUGAAAGAUUGAACAGGUUUCUAACAAGACUUACUACGAUUCAAUGGUUCUUUAGCACUGUGCUAGAGUUUCAAAAGUUGGAAAAAAUUGAAAUUGGUGGUAUGAAAGGAAAGGUAUUAGGAGGUCAGAUUAGAGAAAUAUCAGCGGAGUUCGAGACUUAUUUUCACAGUUUUGCGUCGAAGUCUUAUGAUGUUCUGGACCCUGAUGAUGAAACUUUUAAUGAAGAUUUCGAAGCGUUCCAAGAAAACAUCAUCGACUUGGACUUGAAACUGUCCACAGUGUUAGUCGAGUCGUUUGAUAAUUCAUCAACGUUGGAAGCUAUUUUUAAGCUAAUAGAUAUUGUAGGCUCCGUUUUGGAUCGACCACUUAUAAAGAAUGAAUUUACGGCAAAAUAUGUGGAGAUUAUUGUAUUACUACAAGAGGAACUAGAUACAUGUGAAGACCUUUUCAACGAGCAAACGCACCGGUUAGAAAAAUACGGUGUUAUGGAGGUCGACACAUUCCUUCCGCCAGUAGCUGGAGGACUACUCUACAUGACGAUGCUAGCUGCGAGGAUUUCCAAGCCUGUAGCUAGCUUUCGCAAUUUGCCGCACCCGAUAAAGGGUACGGAAGAAGCGAUGAAAAUUUUCAAAAGACAUGACAUACUCAUUGAAAAAAUUAAUGAAUUCAAGAAAAAGUAUUUUAAAGAUUGGACAACAACGGUUCCGAAAGUAAUUAAAGAAAAGGCAAAUAAUAAGAUAAUUGCACGUCAAGGGUCAGACUUGGUAUUAAAUUUUAAUCCUAUGCUUUUAGAUGUUUUAAAAGAAGUGCAUCACUUAAAAAGUAAUUCAGAUUUCAAGGAUUUAUUACCGCCUGAAAGUUUACAGUUGUUUGAAAAACAAGAAGUUUACAGACAAUAUAGAAUAAAUCUCGGUAUAACGAUAGAUUGGUACAAUCAGAUAAGAAAAAAUAGUCAAAAAGUAGAGUUUGAUUUAGUGGAAGAUGAAAUAAAAGCAAUAGAUCAGAGAAUUGAAAUGGGACAGAAUCAAUUAAAUUGGAAUUCUCAAGAUUUAUGGAGUUAUUUACAAGAACUGCAUACAUUAGUGGGAAAUUUGUAUGAGCGUAUGUCAAAGAUACAGGAUAAUCUGAAAGAAAUUAAAGCUGUCAUGAAAGAUUGGUCAUUGCAACCUUUAUUUGAAAGAAAAGAGGGUAAGAAAGAUACAUUAUUAAAUUUAGAUGAUCGUCAGGAUAGAAAGAAUAAACGGUAUGACGAUAUUCGCGCGGCUGAUCAAAGAGUAAGAGAGCUUCUCAAGGAAAAUAUGGAGUUAUUCAACAUGCAAGAUAAUCAAGACAGCAAUAUAUGGUUGAACUAUGUAUCCUUUAUUGAUGAACUAAUGGAAGAAUCAUUGUUCAAAUCUAUAGCUUGCAGUAUGGGUUAUUUAACAGAGCACAUGAAUCCAAAUAAUAAGUUGGCUCCAUUAUUCCAAGCUCAGUUAGAAUUAUUAGAACCUGAUAUGGUGUUCGCUCCAAGUUUAGAUCCCAAAAAUGAAAAAGGAUUUACAGCUUUGAUAAAAGGACUCAUUGAGGAUAUAUUGAAAAUGUCGACAUUAACACAAAGAAUUAAUAUUAAAAAGACGGAAACGUAUGAAGUACAGAUAGUUAACAGUGAAGAUAUGACUGAAAUGAAAUCAGAAAUAAUGGAAAGGAUUGAUAAGGUUAUAGAAGAUGCAAAUGAAUUUUGUAAAACUUUUGAAAACUAUUCUUACCUAUGGUUAGAAGAAAGAGAUGCAGUUAUGGACAUAUUUUUAACUUAUGGAAGAAUACUUCAGCCAGAAGAGGUAGAUAGAAUUGGCGGCGAAGAUAAAGAAAACCCUCCUCCAACACCAUGCCCACCGAAAAUGGAAGCCUUUAGAGAGCAAAUUGAUAACUACGAAAAUCUUUUUAUGGAUAUCGAAGAUAUGGACUCAUAUAAAAUAUUCAAUUGCUGGUUUCAGGUUGAUGUACGACCCUUUCGUCAAGCAUUAUUGAAUACUGUUAGAAAAUGGGGAAAUAUGUAUAAGGAACAUUUGGUUGAUAAUGUUACUUCAAGUUUAAGCGAUUUGGCUCAUUUCAUCCGUAAAGCUGAUGAAGGUUUAAUGCAACCAGUUCCUGAAGGAGAUUACGAUGCACUAAUUGCCAUAAUGGGAUAUUUAAUGAAUGUAAAAGAACGAGCAUUAACUACAGACGAUAUGUUUCAACCUAUAUCUGAAACAAUUGAAUUAUUGAAGUUUUAUGAUAUGGAUAUUCCAGAAGAAGUAAAUGUUUUACUUCAGGAAUUGCCUGAACAAUGGCAAGCGACGAAAAAGUUGGCUCUUACAGUCAAACAGCAAGUGGCUCCACUUCAAGCUGCCGAAGUUAGCGGUAUAAGGAAGAAAAUUGCAAUAUUUGAUGCACAUGUGAACUAUUAUAGAGAAGUAUUUAAAAGAUAUGAGUUCUUUAAAUAUCAAUGUGAUGACCCUUAUGACGUUAUGUCAAGAGUAGAUUUUGAAAUGCUUUACCUAGAAGAAGAAAUGAAGGGGAUACAGGAAUCGGGUUCACUUUUUGAAGUCAAUGUACCUGAAUUCAAGUUGCUGAAGCAGUGCAGAAAGGAGUUACGAAUGCUAAAGCAACUAUGGGAUUACGUGUAUAUUGUCAGAACAAGUAUCGAAGACUGGAAAACAACUCCGUGGCGUAAAAUUGAUGUAGAAAACAUGGAUAUAGAAUGUAAGAAAUUCGCUAAAGAAAUAAGACUACUGGAUAAGGAAAUGAGAAGCUGGGACACCUAUAUGAAUUUGGAGGCUACAGUAAAAAAUAUGCUUACAUCACUGAGAGCGGUUGGUGAGCUACAAAACCCAGCUAUCAGGGAAAGACAUUGGGAUCAGUUGAUGAAAAGUACUAAGAGCUUAGCUGCAUUGCCACCUGAACUCACUGUGAGAAUUGUAAUGGACACCAAUACUACGUUAGCAGAUUUAUUGGCUCUCAAUUUACACGAAUGCGAAGAGGAGGUCAAAAACAUUGUGGACAAAGCUGUGAAAGAGAUGUCAAUGGAAAAAACACUUAAGGACCUAGAUAAUACUUGGAAAGGUUUAGAAUUUGAACAAGAAGUACACCCAAGAACAGGAUGCACGUUACUGAGAGCUAGUGAAGAACUUAUUGAAACUUUAGAGGAAAAUCAGGUACAAUUACAAAAUUUGAUAACAUCUAAAUUCAUUGCUCACUUUUUGGAAGAAGUUUCUACUUGGCAACAAAAGCUGUCAAUAGCGGAUCAAGUUAUAACAGUUUGGUUUGAAGUGCAAAGAACUUGGACUCAUUUGGAGAGUAUUUUUAUGAGCUCUGAAGAUAUAAGAAAACAGUUACCGGAGGAUUCUGCAAGAUUUGAUAGAAUUGAUGCGGAGUUUAAAGUAUUAUCAACAGAUAUGGCCAAAACACCAAAUGUUGUAAAAGGAACAAACAAAGCGGGAUUGGUAGAAAAACUUGAUAAUUUACAGAAAGACUUGGUACUUUGUGAAAAAGCUUUAGCCGAGUAUUUGGAAACGAAGAGAUUAGCAUUUCCAAGAUUUUAUUUUGUAUCAUCCGCUGAUUUAUUAGAUAUUUUGUCAAAUGGAAAUCAAGCUGAAUUAGUCGUCAGACACUUAACAAAACUUUUUGAUUCUAUCGCUAAACUCAAGUUUAUUGAAAGCGAGAACCCAAAAGAGAAGGUAGCACUGGGUAUGAUAGCUAAAGAUGGUGAAUACGUAGCAUUUCAUGGUACUUGCGAUUGUACAGGACCGGUGGAAAUGUGGUUAAACAGAUUACAAGAUAUUAUGCGAUCAACGAUUCGUCAGCAUUUUGGGGAGGCUAUUGUUUCGUAUGAAGAAAAACCCAGAGAACAGUGGCUAUUUGAUUUUAUGGCACAGGUUUCUUUAUGUGGUUCACAAAUUUGGUGGACAACUGAAGUUAAUAUGGCUUUCGCUAGAUUAGAAGAGGGAUAUGAUAAUGCCCUCAAAGAUUAUUACAAGAAACAAUUAGCCCAACUAAGUACACUGAUCACUUUGUUAAUCGGAGAAUUGACUAAACAGGAUCGACAAAAAAUUAUGACUAUUUGCACUAUAGACGUGCAUUCCAGAGAUGUUGUAUCCAAAAUGAUACAAGGAAAGGUAGAAGCGGGAUCCGCCUUUCAAUGGCAGUCGCAGCUUAGACACAGAUGGGAUGAAAAUGAGGUCCAUUGCUUCGCUAAUAUUUGCGAUGCUCAAUUCUUAUAUAGCUACGAAUAUUUGGGAAAUACUCCACGAUUGGUAAUAACGCCAUUAACUGAUAGAUGCUACAUAACAUUAACUCAGUCUCUACAUUUGAUUAUGGGUGGGGGUCCAGCUGGACCAGCCGGUACUGGUAAAACAGAGACUACUAAAGAUUUGGGAAGAGCGUUGGGUAUUAUGGUAUACGUUUUCAAUUGUUCAGAACAAAUGGAUUACCAGUCUUGCGGAAACAUUUAUAAAGGAUUAGCACAAACAGGUGCAUGGGGUUGUUUUGACGAAUUCAAUAGGAUAUCUGUUGAAGUAUUAUCCGUUGUAGCAGUUCAAGUAAAAUCAGUGCAGGAUGCAAUUAGAGAUAAGAAAGAAAAAUUCAAUUUUAUGGGGGAAAUAAUAUCCUUAGUACCAUCUGUCGGAAUCUUCAUUACUAUGAAUCCAGGAUACGCCGGUAGAACGGAAUUGCCAGAAAAUUUAAAAGCUCUCUUUAGGCCUUGUGCUAUGGUUGUGCCUGAUUUUGAAUUGAUUUGUGAAAUUAUGUUAGUCGCUGAAGGAUUUCAAGAAGCUAAAAUUUUGGCACGAAAGUUUAUUACGUUGUAUACACUGUGUAAGGAAUUGUUGUCAAAGCAAGAUCACUACGAUUGGGGUCUGAGAGCUAUCAAAUCAGUAUUAGUUGUGGCCGGUUCUUUAAAAAGAGGCGAUCCAGGUAGACCUGAAGAAGAAGUGUUAAUGCGGACACUUCGUGACUUCAAUAUACCAAAAAUAGUAACUGAUGAUAUGCCGGUUUUUAUGGGCCUAAUUGGAGAUUUAUUUCCCGCUCUUGAAGUCCCGAGAAAACGUGAUUUAGAGUUUGAGCGAACUGUUAAACAAGCAGCUAUGGAUUUAACGCUACAACCGGAAGAUAAUUUUAUUCUUAAAGUUGUUCAGUUAGAAGAAUUGUUAGAAGUUCGUCAUUCUGUAUUUAUUGUGGGUAAUGCUGGUACAGGCAAAACUCAAGUAUGGAAAACGCUGUUUAAGACUUAUCAAAAUUUGAAAAAGAAACCAAUAUAUACUGAUUUAAAUCCUAAAGCCGUUACAAAUGACGAGUUAUUCGGUAUUAUAAAUCCCGCAACUAGAGAAUGGAAAGACGGAUUAUUUUCUGUAAUAAUGAGAGAUCAAGCAAAUCUUGUUGGUGAAAACCCAAAGUGGAUAUUAUUGGACGGAGACAUAGAUCCAAUGUGGAUCGAAUCUUUAAACACUGUAAUGGAUGAUAACAAAAUAUUGACAUUAGCCAGUAACGAGAGGAUAGCUUUAACACCAACCAUGCGAUUAAUGUUUGAAAUUUCCAAUCUACGAACUGCUACACCAGCCACUGUAUCUAGAGCUGGGAUAUUAUAUAUAAAUCCUCAAGAUCUGGGAUGGAAUCCUUAUGUCACAAGCUGGGUAGAGACGAGGAAGAUACCUGCCGAGAAAUCUAACUUAGUGAUGUUAUUUGAUAAAUACAUACCACCAUGUUUAGAAACAAUAAGAAACAGAUUCAAGAAAAUAACACCUAUCGCAGAGAUGGCACACAUACAAAUGCUCUGCCAUCUUCUGGAUUGCUUAUUUGUACAUGAGAAUACUCCUGCGGAGUGUCCUAAAGAGUGGCAUGAUAUCUUCUUUGUUUUUGCUUGUGUUUGGGCAUUCGGAUCUGCUAUGUUUCAGGAUACUAGUAUCGACUACAGAGUUGAGUUCACAAAGUGGUGGGUAAACGAAUUUAAAACCGUAAAAUUUCCACCCGGUGGCACUGUUUUCGAUUAUUAUAUUGAUUCCGAAACUAAGCAGUUUACCCCAUGGACUGAGAAAAUACCUAAAUUUGAAUUAGAUUCUGAUAUACCACUUCAAGCAGUAUUAGUACCAACAGCAGAGACAAUUAGAAUUAGAUUUUUCUUAGAUUUAUUAAUGAAGAAAAAGCAUCCUGUAAUGUUAGUAGGCGCAUCUGGUUGCGGAAAAACAGUUUUGGUGAAUGAGAAAUUACAAGGACUUCCAGAAAACUAUGCGAUUCAAUCAGUUCCAUUCAAUUUUUAUACCACUUCGGAAAUGUUACAAAAAGUUCUAGAGAAACCUCUAGAGAAAAAAGCUGGAAGGAAUUAUGGUCCUCCUGGAAACAAAACAUUGAUAUAUUUCAUAGACGAUAUGAAUAUGCCUGAAGUGGACACAUACGGAACUGUACAACCUCAUACUAUCAUUAGACAACAUUUGGAUUAUAAUCAUUGGUAUGAUCGCAACAAAUUGAGUCUGAAGGAUAUUCACAAUACACAAUACGUCUCUUGUAUGAAUCCAACAUCUGGAAGUUUCACUAUAAAUCCAAGAUUGCAAAGACAUUUCUGUGUAUUCGCAAUAAGUUUCCCUAAUAAUGAGGCAUUAAACAAUAUUUAUCAUUCAAUUUUAUCUCAGCAUUUAGUAAAUCCUGAAUUGAGAAUUAAUCCCCUAAUAGCAAAGUUAUCAGCAAAUGUAGUAACAGCUACAAUAACUCUUCAUAAUAAAAUUUUACAAAUCUUUUUACCUACCGCAAUAAAAUUCCACUAUAUCUUCAAUUUAAGAGAUUUAUCCAAUGUAUUCCAGGGUUUCUUAUUUAGUACUAACGAAUGUAUUAUAAACCCAUCGGACAUAAUACGAUUGUGGCUUCAUGAAACGCAUCGUGUUUAUGGAGACAAACUUAUAGAAGAUAAAGAUAUCGAUGCUUUUCUUAAAAUGCAAGUCGACAUUUGCAAAAAAUCAUUUGAGGAAAUAGACGAGGGUGUAGUAUUUGAGCGACCCAAUAUCUAUUGCCAUUUUGCGGGAGGUAUUGGCGAGCCGAAAUAUAUGCCUAUUGCCAGUUGGGAGCAACUAAACCAGCUUCUGACCGAGGCCAUGGCGAGUUAUAACGAUCUCAUUGCAGCUAUGAACUUGGUACUGUUCGAGGAUGCUAUGAUGCAUAUAUGCAGGAUAAGUCGUAUUUUGGAGAGUCCAAGAGGUAGUGCUUUGUUGGUAGGAGUUGGAGGUUCUGGUAAACAGUCCCUUUCACGUCUGGCUGCUUUCAUAUCAAGUUUGGAAGUAUUGCAAAUACAACUUAAGAAAGGCUAUGGAGUUACUGACCUCAAGAAUGAACUUAAUGGACUUUAUAUCAAAACUGGACUGAAAAACGUUGGUAUAAUGUUUUUGAUGACAGAUGCGCAGGUCGCUAACGAACAGUUUUUAGUUCUAAUCAAUGAUUUAUUGGCCUCGGGUGAAGUUGGGGAUUUAUUUCCAGAUGAUGAGAUUGAAAAUAUAAUUGGUGGUGUAAGAAAUGAGGUCAAGGGAGCUGGGUUGCCGGAUACCAGAGAGACUUGUUGGAAAUUCUUUAUAGAUAGGGUUCGUAAGCAAUUGAAAGUGGUGCUCUGCUUUUCUCCAGUCGGCUCCACUUUGAGAGUUAGAUCCAGAAAAUUUCCGGCUCUUAUUAAUUGUACCUCAAUAAAUUGGUUUCAUGAAUGGCCUCAAGAGGCUUUGGUGUCAGUAUCUAUGCGAUUCUUAGAAGAAUUACAUGCAUUGCCCAUUGCUCUCAGAGAUUCUAUUGCAAGAUUCAUGGCAUACGUCCAUACCUCAGUUAACACAAUAUCAAGAGCAUAUUUAUCUAAUGAAAGAAGAUAUAAUUAUACAACACCAAAAAGUUAUCUUGAACAAAUUAGUUUAUAUUCUAAGCUAAUCAACCAUAAAACUGAAGAGCUACGCGCUAAAAUUACUAGACUAGAAAAUGGUCUGGAAAAAUUGCGUAGCACAGCAUGUCAAGUAGAUGCGUUGAAAGAGAAAUUAGCUGUACAAGAAGUGGAGCUGCAGCAGAAAAAUGAGGCAGCGGAUAAGCUAAUUGAGAUGGUUGGCAUCGAAACUGCUAAAGUCCAAAACGAGAAAGCUCUUGCGGAUGAGGAAGAAGAGAAAGUGGCAGUAAUAACCGAAGAAGUAUCGAAGAAACAAAAGGAGUGUGAAGUAGAUCUAAUUAAGGCUGAGCCAGCAUUGGUAGCCGCUCAAGAAGCCUUGAAUACGUUGAACAAAGCGAACCUUACAGAACUAAAGUCGUUUGGUUCUCCUCCUGGUGCUGUUACAAAUGUGACUGCUGCCGUGAUGGUGCUUAUGGCUCCUGGUGGUAAAAUACCCAAAGACAGGAGCUGGAAAGCAGCCAAGGUAGUGAUGGCUAAAGUUGACGUCUUUCUUGAGUCAUUGAUAAAUUACGAUAAAGAAAACAUCCAUCCAGACGUAAUUAAAGCCAUCCAGCCAUAUCUUAAGGAUCCGGAGUUUGAACCAGAGUUUGUGCGAUCUAAAUCGGCUGCAGCGGCAGGUCUCUGCGCGUGGGUGAUUAAUAUAAUCAAAUUCUACGAAGUAUUCUGCGACGUGGAGCCUAAAAGAAAGGCUCUCGCCGCAGCUAACGCAGAACUGGCAGCCGCUACAGAGAAACUACGAUCGAUUAAGUCUAAAGUUGCAUCUUUAGAAGAACUUCUAGCUUCGUUAACAGCGGAAUUUGAGAAGGCAACUUCCGAGAAAAUGAAAUGCCAGCAGGAGGCUGACGCUACUAAUAGAACUAUUCAGCUCGCUAACAGAUUAGUUAAUGGACUUGCUAGUGAAAAUGUUCGAUGGGCUGAGGCAGUAUCCAAUUUCAUGCAACAAAGCACGACGCUACCAGGGGACAUCCUUCUUGUGUGUGCCUUCAUAUCGUACGUGGGUUGCUUUACAAAGCAAUAUCGUUUGGAUUUGUUACAUAAGAAUUGGCUCGUCUUUUUAAAGACUUUAGAGCCUCCAAUACCAAUAACAGAAGGUCUAGACCCACUGACUAUGCUUACAGACGACACGACGAUAGCGAUGUGGCAGAACGAAGGAUUGCCUUCUGAUCGCAUGAGUACCGAGAACGCCACUAUACUGUCUAAUUCGGAUCGAUGGCCACUUAUGAUCGAUCCACAGCUACAAGGCGUAAAAUGGAUUAAGCAAAAAUACGGAGACAAAUUACGUGUUAUUCGUUUAGGACAAAAAGGAUACCUAGAUACCAUAGAAAAAGCCAUUAUUAAAGGGGAAACGGUAUUGUUAGAAAAUAUAGGUGAAACAGUAGAUCCAGUAUUAGAUCCUUUACUUGGAAGAAAUCUUAUAAAGAAAGGAAAAGCAAUCAAAAUAGGUGACAAAGAAAUAGAGUACAGUCCAAACUUCAGACUUAUUUUACAUACCAAAUUGGCUAAUCCACAUUAUAAACCAGAAAUGCAAGCGCAAACCACUCUUGUUAAUUUCACUGUAACUAGAGAUGGAUUAGAAGAUCAAUUAUUGGCAGAAGUAGUGAAAGCCGAAAGACCUGAUUUAGAGGAUUUAAAAGCAGAACUAACAAAACAACAAAAUCAGUUUAAAAUUCAGUUGAAAGAGUUAGAAGAUGAUCUUUUAUCUCGAUUGUCUUCUGCUGGAGAGAACAUAUUAGGAGACACUGCUUUGGUAGAAAACUUGGAAACAACAAAGAAAACUGCUGCUGAUAUUGAGAAAAAAGUAGCAGAAGCUAAAAUUACAUCUCAUCAAAUAGACCAAGCUCGGGAAUUUUAUCGACCGGCCUCAGCUAGAGCUUCUCUCUUGUAUUUUAUUUUGAAUGACUUGAAUACGAUCAAUCCGAUAUAUCAGUUCUCUUUGAAGGCCUUUAGCGUUGUGUUCCAAAAAGCAAUAUCGCGCGCGGAACCUGCUGAUGAGGUCACACAGAGAAUAAAAAAUUUGAUUGACUGCAUCAGUUAUUCAGUUUUUCAGUAUACAUCUAGAGGAUUGUUUGAAUGUGAUAAACUUAUUUUUGCAUCACAAAUGACAUUCCAGAUACUCCUAAUGAGUGAAGAAAUAUCACCCGCCGAAUUAGAUUUUUUCCUACGGUUCCCAGUGAAACCCCAUGUGACUAGUCCUGUGGAUUUCUUGUCGAACCAUAGCUGGGGUGGUAUAUGCUCUUUGGCUGGAAAGGACGAGUUCAGGAAUCUUGAUAGGGAUAUAGAGACCUCAUCCAAGAGGUGGAAGAAGAUUGUGGAAAUGGAAUGCCCUGAAAGGGAAAAAUUUCCACAGGAAUGGAAAAAUAAAACGGCUUUACAAAGACUUUGUAUGUUUAGAGCACUCAGACCUGAUAGAAUGACGUACGCAGUUGCAGCAUAUAUUGAAGAGAAGAUGGGAUCAAAAUAUGUUGAAAACAGAACAGUUGAAUUCAGUAAGUCGUUUGAAGAAACCAGUCCUACGACUCCGAUAUUUUUCAUACUGUCUCCAGGGGUGAACCCCUUAAAGGAUGUUGAAGCUCUAGGGAAGAUUAUGGGGUUCACAGCAGAUAACGGGAAUUUCCAUAACGUGUCACUUGGUCAGGGCCAGGAGAUAGUGGCCGAGCAGGCGAUGGAUGUCGCCGUGGUAAAAGGACAUUGGGUGGUAUUGCAGAAUAUACACUUAGUAAAGAAGUGGUUACCAAGUCUUGAGAAGAAGAUGGAGACAUUUGCAGCUGGUUGUCACGACAAUUUCAGACUGUUCAUGUCAGCUGAACCCGCGGCUACACCCACUGCACAUAUUAUACCACAAGGCAUAUUAGAAUCAAGUAUCAAAAUUACAAAUGAACCACCCACUGGGAUGCAGGCCAAUAUUCAUAAAGCACUCGACAAUUUUAAUCAGGAAACAUUAGAAAUGUGCGGCAAGGAAGCUGAAUUUAAAGCGAUAUUAUUCGCUUUGUGUUACUUUCACGCAGUGGUCGCUGAAAGAAGGAAGUUUGGGCCGCAGGGGUGGAAUAAAAUUUAUCCUUUUAAUGUUGGCGAUCUGACGAUAAGCGUUUUCGUUCUGUACAACUAUUUAGAAGCGAACGCUAGGGUUCCAUGGGAGGAUUUGAGAUACCUCUUUGGAGAGAUUAUGUAUGGAGGGCACAUUACUGAUGAUUGGGAUCGGAGACUUUGCAAUGCUUACCUCGAAGAGUUAAUGCAGCCCGAUUUAGUUGAUGGAGAACUUCAAUUAGCUCCUGGUUUCCCCGCCCCACCGAAUACUGAUUAUUGUGGCUACCAUCAAUACAUAGAAGAUGCAAUGCCUCCAGAAUCGCCAUAUUUGUACGGCUUGCACCCAAAUGCAGAGAUAGGUUUCCUUACAACCACUUCAGAAAAUCUCUUCAGGACUAUAUUCGAGAUGCAGCCCAGAGAUGCACAGUCGUCUGGAGCUGCUACUGUUACCAGGGAAGACAAGGUGAAACAAAUGCUGGACGAAAUAAUGGAAAAGUUACCUGAAGAGUUUAAUAUGGUUGAAAUAAUGGGAAAAGUGGAAGAGAGAACGCCAUAUGUGAUCGUUGCGUUUCAGGAGUGUGAAAGAAUGAAUUAUUUGACAGGAGAAAUGAAACGAUCUCUCAGAGAGCUGGAUUUGGGAUUAAAGGGUGAACUUACAAUUACAUCGGAUAUGGAAGAUUUGGAAAAUGCAUUAUUUUUGGAUCAAGUACCAGCUAUAUGGUCGCAGCGAGCAUAUCCGUCGUUGCUAGGUUUAUCUGCGUGGUACGUCGAUUUACUUCUACGAUUACGAGAGCUGGAAACUUGGGCCACAGAUUUUGUUUUGCCGUCAUCGGUAUGGCUGGCUGGAUUCUUCAACCCGCAGAGUCUCCUCACAGCUAUCAUGCAGAGUACAGCCCGCCGUUACGAGCUGCCCCUGGACAAGAUGUGCCUGCAGUGUGACGUCACUAAGAAAAUGAAAGAAGAAUUCACGUGAUAACACUUUUGUGACUGGCGUGGCAGGAUUGUUGAUGCCAGGGCUGCUCCGCGCGACGGUGCUUACGUGCAUGGGCUGCUGAUGGAAGGCGCCAGGUGGGAUGUCCAGGCCGGCAUCAUCAUGGAUUCCAGGCUUAAGGACUUGUUCCCGCCAAUGCCUGUAAUUAAUGUCAGGGCAAUAACUCAAGACAAACAAGACCUUCGAAAUAUGUACGAAUGUCCAGUCUACAAGACGAGGACCAGAGGUCCCACUUACGUGUGGACAUUCAACCUCAAGACCAAGGAUAAGCCUGCCAAGUGGACGUUAGCAGGUGUUGCGUUGUUACUUCAAGUAUAGGGUUUAU